AUGUAUUUGUUUGUUAGGAUAGUGAUUGCACGUUUUAAAAGCAACUGUUUUUUAGAAGGACAUUUUAAAAAGAAGUUAGUAGCUUCGUUUAGUGUAUUUUCAGGGCAUACGUCUGAGCUCCAGACUGUAUUUGAUACUGUUGAUCUGGCACGGUCAAUUGAGCGGCCUAGUUUGAUGCAGUAUAAGGCAGGAUUGUUUAGAAAUACAGGUGUUUUGGAGCCAAAUGAUCUCAUUUCUUUGUCUCACAAUACAUUGAUAAAUGUAAAAAGAUUAUCAGAUAAUAUUGCAUUACGUCAAGUUGAGAAUGUUGAAGAAGCUCGAAGAAUUAUUAAGGAUUUAGAUAGGUUGAGUGAUAGGUUGUGCGGUGUUAUUGAUCUUUCAGAAUUGUUAAGGACAGUUCAUCCGGAUAAGCGGUUUGUGAGUGCUGCAGAGGAGGCAUAUCAUUAUAUGUAUGAUUUUAUGAAUACUCUGAAUACGCAUACGGGGCUUUAUAAGGUAUUGAAGCAGAUUUUUGAAAAAGAUUGGAUUGUUAAAGAAUUGACGGAAGAAGAAAAAGUUGUUGCAAAAGGAUUUUAUCACGAUUUUGAAAAAUCGGGGAUAAAUUUAUCAAGUGAAAAGCGUAAACGGUUUGUUGCUAUUUCUAGUAAAAUUGCUAGAUUGGGGCGUCAGUUUUUUAAUCAGUGUAAUUUAAAACAUGAUUAUAUUGAUAUUCCAUCUUAUUUACUGGGUGAUAUUUCAUCAGAAGUUCUUUCUACACUUCAGAGAGGAGAAGGAUCAAAUCUUAAAUUUCCUACAUCUGGAUGGAUAUAUCAGAUGGGUAUGACAUUGAUUUCUGAUGAAAAUAUAAGGAAACGUUUGUAUAUUGCUGGUCAAGAAUCGAAGAAAUCAAGAAUUUUGAAUUUGGAGGACCUUCUUAGAGCAAGAGCUGAGUUAGCUCAGCUAAUUGGUAUGGAAAGUUAUGCUGAAUUAACAUUGCUUGAUAAAAUGACGAAAAAUCAAAUAUCUGUAUUUGAGUUUUUAAAGUGUCUUGCAAAAAAUAAUAUGCCUAUUGCAAAAAAGGAACUAGAGUGUCUUUUGAUGUCUAAAAGGAAACAUCUUUCUAGUUAUAAUAUAUCUGUUCUUAAUGCUUGGGAUAAGGAUUUUUAUAUAAAUUUGGAAAAACAUCGAUCUAGUUUGUUUGAAAAAGAUUCAAUUAUGUCAUAUUUGUCAGUUGGUGUUGUGAUUCAAGGUCUUUCUGCUUUAUUUACAAAGCUUUAUGGUGUACGAUUUGUGCAUUCUGAGGUUUAUCCAGGAGAAAUAUGGCAUCCAAGUGUUAGAAAACUUGAUGUGUUUUCCGAUGAAAAUCAUAUAGGUGUAAUUUAUUGUGAUUUAUUUUCAAGAGCUGGAAAACAUAAUGGUGCUGCACAUUAUACUGUGCGUUGUUCUCGUAGAAUAGAUGAUGAUAUUUUAAUACAAGGAGAAUCAAGUCAUGAGUAUUAUAAUAAUCCAGUUCUUAAAAGUUCUGGGAAAUUAUAUCAACUUCCGAUUAUUGUUUUAGUUUGCGAUUUUGGACAAGUUUCUGAAAAAGGCCCUGUAUUAUUGUCUUUUUUCGAGUUAGAGACUCUGUUUCAUGAAAUGGGACAUGCACUUCAUUCUAUGUUAGGGCGUACUGAUUUUCACAAUGUUUCUGGAACACGUUGUGCAACUGAUUUUGUUGAAUUACCAUCAGUGCUUAUGGAGCAUUUUGCUUCGGAUAUUUCUAUAACACCUAGUUUUGCUCGGCAUGCGGUAAAUAAUUCAUCUUUAUCGCCUCAAUAUUUUAGUGAUUAUGUCAAAAAUCAUUCAAUGAUGCAAGCAGUUGAAACUCAUUUUCAGAUUAUAAUGGCGCUUUUAGAUCAACAAUAUCAUACAUCUGCUCCUUUAGAUAAGGGGUUUAAUUCUUCAAGGGUGUUGUAUUUUUUACAAGAUAAAUGGGGUUUGUUCCCAUCAGUUCCUGGUACAUCUUGGCAAACUCAAUUUACGCAUUUAUUUGGAUACGGUGCUACCUAUUAUUCAUAUCUUUUUGAUCGUGUUAUUGCUGCAAAAGUUUGGAAAGAGAUAUUUGCUAAAAAUCCUACAUCUCGUGCUGCAGGAGAAAAAUAUUAUAAAGAAGUCUUGCGAUGGGGCGGGAGUCGAAAUCCGUGGCAUUGUCUUGCUUCUUUAUUAAACGAUGAAACGUUGGCAAAUGGGGGACCAGAAGCGAUGAGAACAGUAGGUUGUUGGGGUAUUGGACAAGUGAAAUGA